UUGAUAAAAUUGUAUUAGACUGUAAGCGGUUUGCUUCUAGUGAUUUUACUUAGAAAUUCUCAUAAAGGUUUGAUGAUGAACAAUUUGGUUUUUGGUGUGAUUUUCUCGCUAUGGUCACUGCAAACGAUUGGCGGUCAAUUAUUAACAAUGCAAGAUGUAUUGUUAAGAAAUUUUCAAUUUGAAUCGCGUGACGAUUUAGGCGAUCCAUUGGUAUUGACCAAAUGGAUUGAAAGUGGAAAUAUAGCUGACGCUCGUAAAUUGGCACGAGUCAAUGAAAGUGAAUUUCUGGAUGUAGUUAGUUACUCUGGAUUUUUAACGGUCAACAACGACUACGAUUCGAAUCUAUUUUUCUGGUUUUUUCCAGCUGAAGGGACCGAACAACUAUAUGACGAUGACACAGAAAAAACUGUUGGCGAUGAUCGUCCGGUUUUACUUUGGCUUCAAGGAGGUCCAGGGGCAUCUUCGAUGUUUGCUUUAUUCACCGAAAAUGGACCUUUUUUCGUGAAUGACAACAUUACAAUUCGAAAGAAUCCAUAUUCUUGGCAUAAGAAAUACAAUAUAAUAUUUAUCGAUAAUCCGGUUGGAACUGGUUUCAGCUAUACAGAUUCAGAUGGUUUAUGCACUAACGUUACACAAGCCGCCGACCAUCUCUACAUUGCUUUGAAACAAUUCUUCCGACUCUUUCCAUGGCUUCAAUCGAAUGAUUUUUACAUCACCGGCGAGUCAUAUGCCGGUAAAUACAUUCCGGCUACCGCCAAUGCCAUUUGGGAAGGAAAUAAAGUCGAUGAUCUUAUCAUUAAUUUACAAGGUUUGGCUCUUGGAAAUGCAUUCACUGAUCCAAUGCAUAUGCUUGAAUACGCAGAGUUCGCUUAUCAACUGGGUCUGGUUGAUAUUCAUGGUAAAAAUCAAAUGACAGUGUAUGAAAUGAAGACCAAAGAAGCAUUUCCGGACGCCGAAGCACAUACUCUUUGGAAUAGCCUAUUGGUAUCAUUUUAUCGCAAUAGUAACUACGCAAACUUGUACAAUAUUCUACAACCAGAAAAUGUGGAUUUGGGAUCAUAUGGUCGAUAUCUCGACCAAAGUCAUAUUCGUCGUGCAAUUCAUGUGGGUAGUAAACGUUUUGACGAGAUCAGUAAUGAGGUAUAUAUAAAAAUGAAAGGAGACUUUAUGAAAACAGCAAUGCACUGGACGGAAAAAUUGCUGAACGAAGGUUUACGUAUCAUGUACUAUAGCGGCAAUUUGGAUCUUAUUGUAGCCUAUCCAUUAUCAGAGAAUGCUUAUCAGCAUAUGAAAUGGAAUGGCGCGGAAAAAUAUCUUUCAGCACGUCGCAAACCAUUCAAAGUAAACUCCAAAUUGGCUGGUUACAUAAAAGUUACCGAUAAUUUUGUGGACGCCAUAGUUUUGAAUGCAGGUCAUAUGGUUCCAACCGAUCAACCUGAAGUGGCACUUGAUCUUAUCGAUCGCUUCAUUCGCAACGAUUUAUAAUGAAAUUGUGCAGUGGCGUACCUAUCUAGGGUCCCUAGGGGCAAGUCACUUCAAAAAUAGUUUUUUAAUUAUUUCGAUAAUUAUCUCGGCUAUGCUCAUAACCGAUGCAAAAUGAUCAUAUCUAUCGCAUAAAGGUGUUUUCAAAAUUUUAAAAUGAUAUACAUUUGCAAAUAUUUGGCAUAAAAUUUGAUUGCGAAUGAUUUUAAAACUGGUAUACAAAUUUUAUAUUCAAUCCAAGAGUUAGUUUUUCACCUUUUCAUUUAUUUACGUAUCCCUCUUUUCUUGUGAAAAAUAAAAAGGCUUACGUACGCAAGCUGACUUUUCCGCAU